AUGAGCUUCGUGUUCCGAGGGAGCAGGGCCGACAUCGAGGCCGGUGGCUUCCCGGGGUUUGCCCCCGAGCGCCGCGCCAUGCGAAUUCAUGCAGGGAGCAGGCCGGUGAAUAGCAAUUCCUUGGCUUUUCUUCUAACUGUUCUUGUUUUGUUCAUGGUACUGAACUCACACCAGAUGUCUCCCAAUCUUUUGGUUUGGCUUGUCUUGGGAGUCUUCCUAAUGGCCACGAGCCUUAGAAUGUAUGCCACGUGCCAGCAGCUUGCUCAUGCUGCAGCUGCCAACAGUUUUCUUGGCCACACUGAGCUGCGUGUGCAUGUACCGCCAACCAUUGCCCUUGCUACGAGAGGCCGGUUACAGAGCCUUAGACUUCAACUGGCUCUUCUUGAUCGUGAAUUUGACGAUUUAGACUAUGACACUCUGAGCACAUUGGAUGCUGACAAUAGCCCGCAUGCUCCUUCUAUGAGUGAAGAAGAAAUAAAUUAUCUUCCUGUAUUCAAAUAUAAAGUUCAGGCGCAGCAGGGGAAUGCCCCUGCCCGAAAAAGUGAUGGGCCAUCUCAGCUAUCGGUUUCUUCAACUGGGUCUGGCAAUGAGAAAAAGCAGGAUGGUCUAAAAGCAGAUGGAACCAGCAAAACUCCAGAGGAUGAACUAACAUGUAGUGUUUGCUUAGAGCAAGUCGCGGUGGGUGAUCUGUUGAGAAGCCUACCAUGCUUGCAUCAGUUUCACGUAAACUGCAUCGACCCAUGGCUGCGCCAACAAGGUACAUGCCCAAUCUGCAAGCACCAGGUGAGUGAUGGGUGGCAUGCCACAGGCAACGGUGAAGAGGAUGCUUCUUACAUGGUGUAA